CGCCGGCGACUCUUCAAUGGGAGAGUGACUGCGUGGUGUGCUUCUCUCUCCUCUAUAUAUACACUCUAAAAAUUGUCAUCAUUCCUUCUUUCCCUUUUUCUUUUUUCGUUUUUUAUUCAAAACGAGCAUACAACGUGUGACUUAACGAGAGUCAACGUUCUGGCGCCCCUCCCCCCUCUCUACACACCGGAAGUAGUUCCGGUAAUCCGCCCUCCUAUCGAACAGACAGUCACACCAUAUACACCGGGUGCAUGUUUUUCGAGGUGGCAUAUGAGCAACGUAUGUGCACGUGACAGUUUCAGAAUCGCGUAGCUCUCACUCUCUUUUGUGUGAAAGGGAUGUUGCAUAGACACAAAUAAAUAUCUCACAAAUCGAAAUGAAAAAAUUUCUAAAGAACACAUUUUAUUGAAUGUCAUUUUUAUAGUCAGGAAAUAAAAAAUAUGUUCUAGACUUGAAUCAAAAAUAUUUUUCUUCAAUAUUUAUAUAUUCUUUAAGAAAAUACACACACACGUUGGGAGGAAUUGCACAUCAGUGAAAAAGCAAUAUUUUUGUGAUUUUGUGAGAGAAACUCAAAAUGUAAUUUUGGUGUUGCUAAUGGUGAUGUGAUUGAAAUUAAACUAAAAUUAUAACUUUUGUGGUAAUAACGUUCUUGUGGAACUGCAGUUUCGUGUGACAGGAUAUUUGAUACAUUGUGUAAGGAGUAGCUGAGCUUUUACAAACAAAAUCAGUGUGCGUGUGUGGUGCGGCUAUAUCUGCAAUGGAAUUAUUGAAAACACAAUUUCAUCUGAAUAAUCACGAAACCAUUACCGAACAGUGUUACAUACUUCAAUUCGUGAAUUAGUACCGAUGCAAUUCACCGGCAAUUGGAAAGAAAAUGUGAUGUUACGAUGAUGCGAAAUUUUCGACAGCUGAGAGGACAAUUGUGCUCUUCAAUCAGAUGGAGCAUUGGAUCACUGAUUCUCAUCAUAUGUGUUCCUUCCUUUAUUACAAUAGUUCACAGUCAAUCAUCAGAAUGUCCUCCUUCCGAAACAAUUCCAGGUUGUCCCUGUUACAAUUUUGAAAAUGGACUCUUCCUCGAGUGUGCAGGUGCCACCGAGGAAACAAUUCGAUCCACAUUACAAAAAAUCGUGACCAAUGCAGGAGAAGAAGUGAUACUUCAAUCAUUAAGGGUCUAUGAGUUGGACAAAGCCAUUGAGGAAUUAAAAGAGGGUUCGUUUCCAUCGGGCUCACAAAUCAGGCACCUGGAGAUAUCUCAUUCUUCUCUACGUGACGUGGGUGAAACCGCAUUUCUAAACUUGAAAGAUAGCCUCGAAUCUUUGGGAUUAGUCGCUGGCCGCCUCCCGCACGUGCCACAGAAAGCUUUAGCUAAUCUUCACAAACUCGUUGCACUGGACCUCGAGGCAAAUCUCAUUCAGGAUCUAUCCUCUUACUGCUUUUAUGGAUUGAAACUGAUAAAAUUGACUCUCAAAGGCAAUCAGAUAUCGAAAAUCUCCGAAUACGCUUUCGCCGGCCUCGAGGAUAGUCUCAGUGAGCUUGAUAUGGCCGAAAACAAAUUGAAACUCUUUCCAAUCGCACCAUUUCGAAAGUUACAAAAUUUAGAUUCACUCAGGCUUGCCUGGAACGAAAUCUCCGAAUUUCCCAAUGACGGACACUCCAUUCUUGGAUCAUUAUUGAUUCUCGAUUUAAGUAGUAAUGAUUUUGAAAAAUUAACCGAAGACUGCUUUCGACCGUGUCCCCUUUUGCAAACACUAUCACUGUAUUAUAAUUCCAUUGAAACAGUUCACAAAGAUGCAUUCAUCUCGCUCAAAGAUCUCGAAUCAAUUGAUUUGAGUCACAAUAAAAUUGUCUUUUUGGAUGUUGCGUCAUUCAGAAAUAAUGCACGUCUCCGUACAAUUGAAUUGAGUCACAAUCACAUCCAUUACAUUGGCGGUGUUUUUGCCAAACUACCCGAACUACAUGAACUUUAUUUGGCUGAAAAUAAUAUACUCGAAAUACCAGGCGAAGCAUUUGCAGGAAGUGUUGCCCUUGAGGUUGUCUAUUUGCAACAAAAUGCAAUUCGUCGAAUUGACAGUAGAGGACUAUCGGGCCUCACCGAAUUGACACAAUUACAUUUGAGUAACAACUACAUUGAGAAGGUGCCAAAGGAAUUUUUCACACAAUGCGGGAAUCUCUCAUCACUUUUUCUCGAUGGAAAUAAAAUCCGCGAACUUCAAGCCGGUACAUUCACAAAAUUACAUCAACUACGGGAACUACGUAUUCAGGACAAUCAAAUAACAGAGGUAAAAAGAGGCGUCUUCUCCUCACUGCCAGCAUUACUCGAGUUGCAUUUACAAAAGAAUGCCAUUCGUCGAAUAGAAACAGGUGCAUUUAAUUCACUCAAGAAUCUUCAGCAUGUGAAUCUUCAAGGUAAUCAACUCUCAAUUUUAGGUGAUGUUUUUCAAUUCACCUCAUCGCAUUCCACAAGUUCUCUUCUUUCAAUUCAACUCGAUAGCAAUGGCCUCGAAACACUACACAAUGAUUCACUGAAGGGUCAAGCAUCCGUACAAAUUAUGUGGUUGGGUCACAAUAAAUUAACCCAUUUGCAAGCACCAGUUUUUCGUGAUCUAGUUCUUGUGGAACGUUUAUACUUGACCAAUAAUUCAAUAUCAAUUAUUGAAGACGCUGCCUUUCAACCCAUGCGCGCCCUCAAGGUACUCGAACUAAGUAUGAAUAAAUUAUCACGAAUCACGGCGAAAAUGUUUUCCGAACUACACGAACUCGAGGAAUUGUAUCUCCAGGAUAAUGGCCUUAAAAAACUCGAUCCCUACGCACUCACUGCUCUCAAGAAGUUGAAAAUUUUAGACCUCGCCAAUAAUCAUAUAACCGUUUUGGAAGACGAAAUAUUUCAAUCAAAUUUACCAAUAAAAAUGUUAAAUCUCCGUAAUUCGUCGAUAAUGACAAUUGAGAGUCGUGCAUUUCGCGAUUUGUCGAAUCUGAAUGAACUACGACUAGAGGAUAAUCUUCUUACAGCAUCCGCAUUACGACGACUACAAAUACCAAAACUUCAAAUUCUCGCAGCAUCAGGGAAUAAUUUUAGUCAAAUUAUGGAUAAUAGUCUCAAUGGUCUCUCAUCGCUUCAGGAUUUAUUCUUCGAUAAUGCCCAAAUAUCACAAAUGCCCGAGACAAUAUUCAUUUUAAAUCGAAAUCUCGCACGAUUACACUUGACGAAAAAUUUACUACGUGCAUUACCACCGGAAAUAUUUCAAGGCCUACAAUCGUUACGUGAAAUUCGUCUCGAUCGAAAUCGUUUCACCUCAAUACCAUAUUCAGCCCUUUCGGGUGCAAUUAAUCUCGAAAUUCUCACACUAUCACACAAUCAAAUAGCAACCGUUGACGUUGCAAGUUUCACUCGUUUACAAUAUUUACGUGAACUUGAUUUAAGUUUCAAUAAAAUUGAAACAAUGUCAGGUUUUGCAAUGGUCAAUCUUUCACGUCUAUUAUCCGUCGAUCUAAGCAAUAAUAAUAUGAACGCCCUGCCGGCAAAUUUUUUCUCACAAUCAAAUUUAUUACGCCGCGUUGAUUUAUCGGAAAAUAAAUUUCGUCAAAUACCAGCUGUCGCAUUGUCAGGACAAAAUUUACCAAGUCUCACUUGGUUAAAUUUAACUCGAAAUCCACUUAAUCGAAUUCACGAUUUACCAUUAGAGGCAUCUUAUCCAUUGUUACAAGAGAUUCACAUAUCGUGCACUAAUUUAAGUAUCGUCACAUCACAAGAUUUUGAAUCAUUUCCCGCAUUGAUUCAUCUUUAUUUACGACAAAAUAGCAUACUGCGUGUGUCGCCAGGUGCAUUCAAGAGUCUUCCAAAUUUAUUGACGUUACAUUUGGGAAUGAAUAGUUUGGAGAAUUUGCCCAAAGAACGUUUACAGGGUAUGGAACAUUUACGUAUUCUCAAUUUGACGCACAAUCGACUAAAGGAAGUGGAAGAAUUUCCAUCUGAUUUGAAAUCCCUUCAAAUUCUCGACCUCUCGUAUAAUCAAAUUAGCAAUGUUGAAAAAAUCACGUUCAAGAAUUUAAUCAGCCUUGUGGAGUUGCACCUCUAUGGGAAUUGGAUCAGUGCGAUAUCCAGUGAGGCGUUCAGGCCUUUGAAGAAACUUCGUCUACUCGAUCUCAGUAGGAAUUAUCUUGAAAAUCUACCACUGAACGCCUUUCGACCCUUAGAAACACAGAUUCGCAGUCUAAGGGCUGAAGAAAAUCCUCUCAACUGCGGCUGUGAAUCCCAAGAGCUUUGGGAAUGGUUGCGCGAUCAUCAAAAAAUGGUUGGAGGUGUGGGUCGCAGCCAUAGUGGAAGAAAUGGUGUGGGAGUGACUAAUAUGGAAGGAGGACAUUUAAGAUGCGAACAACCGCCGGAACUUCGUGGACUUGUGUUUCUUGACCUUGAUCCAAAUGCAUUUUGCUCCUCGCCACUUGUUCUCAAACUUGCCAUUCAAGAUAUUCAACCAUUUUCAGUUCUUGUCUCUUGGCAAAGUCGAAAUCAUUCUGGACUUCAUGGAUAUCAAGUAGCAUAUCAUGCACUUGAUAAUGUUGACGAGGUGCGAGGGAAGUUACUGGACCCGAAGGCACGUUCAGUGAGGCUGACGAAGCUGGCUUCGGACACGCGUUAUCUGAUCUGUGUUCUCGGUCUUGGCAGUUGGGGAACACCAAUCCCUGAGGACAUUAAUUCCUGGCAAUGGAACGCCUCUCAAGACGACGUGAUCGAGAGUCCAGCAAUGCCAGUGAUGGUCACCUCACCCAUGAGUCGUUGUACCGAAGUAAGGACCCUUGAGUCUCCUAAUUCAAUAGUGGGUGAGGGCUCCCUCGGCGAUAGGGGCGGUUUAGCAAACAUCCUCACCCGAAGGCUGGGCUUAAUUGUUGGAAGUUGUAUGGGUUUUGUUGUCUUUGUAUUGCUGAUAACGAUCCUUGGCUAUUUGAAAAUGAAAAAGCAACGAGCCACCGCAAAACGAGAACAGCCGAUACAACAAAAUCCACCCGAAUACAUGACCUAUAGACAUUUUUCAUUACAAGGCGGUGAUCGAGUUGACAAUGCAUGUCCGAGUUUUAUCAGCAAUAUUGGCGCGACACCAUUAAAUUCGUAGCAUAAGGCCCUCGAGACUUGUCCUCAAUUAAAGGACGAGCAAAUAAUAGAAAUGAAACACAUUGGGAUGUUCUCGUAAUGUCUCUCGCAAAAAACAAAAUAUAUAGUAGCAAUAAACAAGACUGACACAAGGCCAAAAAUCAUUCAAUGAUUAUGAUUGGCUUUUGGCAUCUUUCAAUUAAUCUGAUUAUAUAUAUAUAGCGCAAUAUAUGCCUCACAGGACGAAAUGAGGAUAUGGUCCAGUGCCAAGUGAUAAGCUCCCUAUAUAUAUUACAAACUCAAAGUAGGCGUCUAGCUCAGAGGGAUUGAAAUAUGAUGUAUAUUGGAAUUGACACUGUAAAUUGUAAAUUGGACAACAUCAAAAGGUAUAAUAUAUAUGUAUAAUUUUGAAUAUGAAAAGGUCAUAAUGUUGGAAAAUCAUAAUGAACAAAAAAAUUUAUUAAAUCAAACAACGAUGAGAUAAUCUCUUGUUAUCUCUCCGCAAAGACUGAUUUUUUAACGACCUUUUUGAGUUUUAUUUUUUUUUCUAAUAAUCAAAAUCACUGGUGUAAUUUUAGAUCGUAAUUGAUGUGUUUAUAAUAAUUAUACCAGAAAUUUUAACAAACAAAAGAUCUUUCACAUUGAAUUUAAAAUCAAUAGUGAUUAUGACUUUUAGAUAUCGAUAGCUUAGCGAUCGGCAUUAUGGUUAUUAAAAAAAAAAAAAAAUUGUGCGUAC